AUUCACACUCUGUAUUGCUCUUAGGCAAGACGAAAGGACCACGGUGAAGCGACGCUGCUUACAGUAUGGCCGGCUUCGACAACGAGAGUGUCACCAGCCUUGACGAAGACUACGACGUUAUCUCCAACCCUGCCCAUCGCUCCCUCGAAUCGUCCAUUGCGGAUCUAGCACUCUCUCCUUCUGCCGCGCCCCUUGAUGCCACAGGGCCGGCGGAGCCUCCACCGGCAGAUAUCGCGAAGACAGCACUGAGCACGGUCUCGCUUACCGCAGCCGAGAUACAGGCUUAUGUCGUGAAUAUUGGACCGGCGCAUCUUCCGCCAGGGCAGCGCGUGAGGGUGUAUGUGGAUGGAGUGUUCGAUGGUUUGACUGCCGGAGCCGCGCUCAAGCUUCGUCAAGCGAAGCUCUCGUUCCCCCGUGCGCACCUGGUGGUUGGUGUCUUCUCCGAUGAUAUAUGUGCACCCCAAUCGUCAACGUCAACCCCGCUGGCGCACUACUCGCAUGCGGAGCGUUGCGAGGUCGUCCGUGCAUGUCGUUGGGUGGAUGAGGUGCAUCCCUCUGCACCAUGGUUGGUUGAUCAGUCAUGGCUUUCGUCAAAUCGGAUAGACUACGUCGCUCUUGAAGAGGGCUCCUCAAUAGACCCAACCUUUGACAAGGAGAGACUGAAGGCGUACGAUGCUCUCAGGCGGCUAGGCCGGGUAAUACCAACUCGCCGCACGAUGGGGCUCACUCCUGCCCGCCCUCUGUCUCGCGCACUCCCAACUCCGCCGGUCAACUCGCCUCCUGUCGUGGUACAGACCCCAGUAGCGCCUCAUUGCACCAUCUCGCCUCCCCCGACUACGACUACCGGACCACCUUCUGCCAUAGGUCCCCCGGAGCCUCCUCGCUUCAUACCCGUGCACGAUCGCGAACCUUCUCCCGAUGCCACACCUUGGAUUCGGUCUGCCCAGCUCGAAUCUGGCCACGCCGAUGGUAAACACAGUUCUCACGAAGCUCCAGCGCCCCGGCGUGAUCACUCCUCCGACCAGCAGUUCAUGGAUGCCUUUGGAAUCAAGCCCCGGGAGAAGCGAUAUGCUUACAGGAACCGAGAAACGAGCGAAGGCGACGGUGAGAAGGGCGGGACAGUGCGCAGGAUGAUGCUCGAAGGGGAGUGGUAAGCUUUGAGGACAUUGCCAGGCAAAGUGGAAAUAUAUGACAGCAUCGCAAAACUGUAUGUGCAAAUGUAUGAUGUAGGGCUCUCGUUAUUUAUUGUUUUAAUGACGC